AUGUACGUACCGCGCUGGAAUCAUCUACUCUACCCACCAGGUAACGGUGCAUUGUCGAUGGCCACGGUUGGCGCCGCGCCCGUCGUCAUCAGAAGCGAGGAUAGAGUUCUGCAAGCACCGGACUGGGGCAUCCUACUCACGCUGACAACUGUUUUAGGACGUCCAGGUAGAGAUCUGUUCGGAGACCAGAUGCGCAGAGAGCCGCCGCGCGGUCCCAAGGCCCUUAUAGAUGCGCCUGUCGGGCCGAGAGGAGGCGGAUUUGGCGGCGACUUUAGAGGCGGAAGAGGGCGCGGCAGAGGAAGAGGAUGGGGAGGACGAGACGAUAGCCGUGAUCGAGGGAGAGAUCGAGAUGUCGACUUUCGAGACCGCUAUCGAGACGAGAGAAGCCGAGAACGUGACCGGGAGCGAGAUAGAGACUGGCGCGACUCGAGAGACUUUAGGCUGCGCAGAUCGCCAAUCGGGAGAGCUCGAUCACCAACGCGAGAUGGGCGAGAUUUUCGGGAUCGUGAUCGGGAUAUACCUCCAGGUCUAGAUGCAGACAGAUCUCGACGUGGCUCCCGUGAUGGUGGCCCCCCAUCGGCAGGCUCUUCAACAUCAGAGCCUCCAUUUGGCGUGUUGCCAUUCCCUCGAGGAGGUGGAUUCCGUGGACGAGGAAGAGGUGGAAGAGGAGAUUGGGGUAUGGAAAGAGGUCGUGGCCGAGUCCCCUACGACGAUCGCGGCGACCGCUACAUGCGCAGCCGCUCUCAGGAAGGGCGCUGGGCUCGUGAGCGUGACGAGCGCGAGCGGAACGAUAGGCAUCCUGAUGCUGAUGUGCGCCGUGACCUUCACAUCGAUAGAGACCGAGGAGACCUUUUCCGCCCGAAGAUGGCAGCCCAAGAAUCUGCCGCGCAGGUCAAAGACGUCUCACCUCUUCAUGUGACACCUUCGGCCCCGGCAUUCGAGCCUGCGCCAAAUCGGGCUCCGGCUACGGGUACAGUUUCGGGUGUUGGUGGCGAGGUGCAGGCGGCGCAGACGCAGACGCAGACACAGACGCAGACGCAGACACAGACGCAGACGCAGGCUGCCCCUAGCAUAAUUACAGCCAAACCGCCACCAACGGCCCCACGGGCAUUUGGAGAACGUCCAGUUUCUGCAGGGCAGGCCUCCACAGCACCAGCUUCUUCAGCCCCUGAGAUUCCACUGCCUCCCACUGGGCCAUCGAAAAUCGGCGCACCUCACGACAGUCCCCCAAGAGGGACACCUGUAGGUCCCCGGCUUCAACAACAGCCCAAGGUUACCCGCCCCUCUAGCAAACAAUGGAUCAACCCAAGCUUGAAGAAGCCGCCGCCACCGCCAGAAUCACCAAAGGUGGCGAGAUCGCAAAGCUUUGCUCAGCAGCGGCCUAUCCCAUUACAACGAGACAUCUCUCAAGUCGAACCGUCCGAACCUAGGCGACCGCGUAGUAGCGAUGCAAAGUCGGACUCUUACUCCGGGCUAGAUAGUAGACUGCGAGCCCAUCACAGCGAAGAACCGGGCGAGAUAAUCACAAGGACCGAAGACGAAAAGCCGAGCGACAUUGACGCAAAAGCCGAGCCUGAGAAGCCUGAGACUGAGAGAAUGGAAUCAGUUGAUUACGAGCCACCUGAAUCAAUGGAACUGGAGGUCAAGCCUUUGGAUAACUUGGAGCAACUUGCUGUCCCUUCUACUACUUCCCCGAAGCAGGAAACGCUUCCUAAGCAAGACUCACCUCCUAAAGCUCAGGAGAAUGAGACGAUUGAGGAUACGAAACCUUCUGCGGAAGCAGCCACGGAACAACAACAACAUAGACGACUCAAAGUGCGCGCCGUCCGGUUCGCUCUGCCUCCAAAGAAAACUGCGCAAGAGGAACCUCCUGAAUCUGAUGAUGAAGACAUGGGCGAUUAUUUCGACAUGGAAAUCAACAAGACUGAAGCUGAAUUGAACAAAUUGCAAAGACCAAAGACACCAGUUGAAGUUAUUAGGCGCUUUAUGAGUUUAUCUCAUGGAGCAAUGGUACAGAUACUCAAUGAGGGAGAGGGACUCUCUGAGAUGCUAGGCGAUAUACCAGAGAACCACGAGCCGGAGAGCAAAAAAAUGGAAGUGGAACCCGCUGUACAAACAGAAGAAGCGCCUGCUGUUCCCGACGAACCUCUUCCCUCAAAGGAGAUUGAGGAAAUCAAUCACGAAAAGGAGCCCGUCAGUGACCAUGACCGACUUGAAAAAGACACGGUUGAGGAAGAUAAAGAGAAACCUGAAAUUGCAACAGCCACACAAGAGGUAGAGGAUCUCCAGCCAAAAGCCGAAGAAAUGGACAUCGAUAACGAACCUACAAUUCCGCCUCCCGAGCCUAAAGAUGUUCCUGAGCCUGUAGCCGAAAUUACAGCAGAUGAGUCUACUAUGAAAGAGGACAAAGAAGUUGAGACCGAACCGAUCAACGAACAGGCUCCAGCACCUAUCGAAGAGGUUAUCAGUCCGGCGAAACCAGCUGAAGUAGAGCCCAAAGCUCCAAGCACCCCAUCUCAAAUACCAGAUGAGGAUGAUGAGACUGAAACUGAAGACGAGGCUUAUAUGGAGGCUCAAGCUGUCGCGGCCGCUGAGACAGUCCGUCGAUAUAUGUCAACGCCACCCAUCGAUAGUCUUCCUGACUUUCAAGGUCCAGUGUGGUAUCAAGAUAAAGAGUUUUUGGCAUCGCUGGACUCAGAUCCAAUCAUUGACGAUUUUGUUGCUGAGCAUCUUGCAAAAAUCCACUUUGAUAGAUCGGCUGAGCAACGGCACGCGCAACAGAUCUAUGCAGACAACUACAUGCAGUACUUGAAGUACACCUUGUCUGAUGAUCCUGUGGCGACAAAAAGCCGAGACAAAUUUUCUGUUGCAGCCCCCUCUGAGACUACAGGUACUGUGACACCUGAGCAUAAGCCAGAAGGGAGGGGUACAGGUAGGAGAUUCGCCACCGAACGCGAUCUCGAACGUGUGCUUCAGGCGUCCAUGCGAGAAGACGAAGAGAGAAAAGAGCGAGAAUUGCGAAUCCAGCAGGAGAAAUAUCGCAGCGAUAAGGAGGCUGUUAUUCCAGACAUGUACUGGGACGAUCUGGAGAAGCAACAGGUUCAGUAUAUCGAUCGAUCAGGGUAUACGCCUCUAGAUAGGCUUGUUUCAGCAUGGCACAUACUCCCUCCCUCUAACAAUUUCACUGCAGAGGAGGCACAGCUCUUUGAGAAGCGUUACCUAGAGCUUCCCAAGCAAUGGGGCAAGAUCGCAGAGGUUCUUCCAAACCGCGACUUCCACUCCUGCAUUCAGUACUACUACCUGAUGAAGGGAGAGCUAAAUCUUAAGGAGAAGCUGAAGAAGCAACCCAAGAGGCGUAAGAAGGGUGGGCGAGGCAAGCAGAGGUCCAGCGCUCUGGUUUCGGAGCUCGGCAACGGCGAGCCUGAAGCCGAGGAAACGCCCCAGGAAAAUGGAGAGAAUGGAGAAAGGCGAAGGCCACGAAGAGCUGCCGCUCCCACAUGGGGGUUCGAGCAACCUACGACGGACGGCGAGAGCACUCCUGCUGCUACUCCAGGGCGACGCGGGGCAUCUGCUGCUGCCAAGGGCGACCAGCCGGAAAAGGUAGACGGCCGGAAAAGGAGAAAGCCAAGAGACAAGGACAAGGACAAGGACAAGGACAAAGAGAAGGACAAAGACGCCAAAGCAUCCAAGCCAAACCAAGUUCUCGCGGCAGCGCCCGGCCCCAGCUCCGGGACAGGAAAGGGAAGAGGCCGAGCCGAAGCCCGCCCAGUGGCCGCAGAAUUCCUGCCAGCUCCUCACCCGCUCUCCGACCCUCAUCGUUUGCCGGUACAGUUUGAACAACCGCUGCCCGCAGGUAUCCAACCGCCAUUUGUUGUGCCACAGCCGCAACUAAUGGACAGACCGAAGCCUGCCGUUACUUCCAUCAACGAAGUUAUGGCGGCUCCAUCGCUUCGGCCUGAACCGCCCCCACCCCCUCCAUCCUCUAUUACUACUUUCAACUUGCAGCAGCCCAUUCCUGAACGAAAGGCAAUGUCACAAGCAGCAUCAAGUUAUUGGAGCGUUUCGGAAGCUAAUGACUUCCCGCAUUUAUUAAGGGCAUUUGGUACCGAUUGGUCUGCAAUUGCCAAGUAUAUGCAAUCUAAGACAACUGUCAUGGUCAAAAACUAUUAUGUGCGGCAGAAAGACUCAGGGAAACCCGAGUGGGAGGUAAUUGCUCAGGAGGCUGAUGCGAAGCGAGCCAGGGGUGAAAAGAGACCUGAUCCCCCUGUCCUCAGCAGUGGUGGCCGUGGUAGGAGGUUCGAAAGCACUGCGCCUGGCACAUCACGACCUAUCGCGGUUGCUCCUGGAGCAGUCGAACCUCACGUGGAUCUACCACAGCCCAAAGUUGAGCCUGCACCUCCUCAGCCAUUGCGGCAGCAGCAUAUCGCUACUUAUGGUGUGCCAAUUGCCCAGGCUCCGGCCCAGGCUCCCCUCGCGCAGCCUAACCAGAUCCCUCUUGCUGUACCAGCUCAUCCGGUGCCUCAAGGGACACAACAGGCCAUAUCUCCAAACGCCCGCUCCAUGCAUCAACAACUGCCACAUUUCGGCUUCCCGGAGAGAGAGCGCGAUCCCGCACAAUCUCAGCGAGUGCCGCUUCCGCAAAAGUCUUCUGUCAAUCAGGUUCCGGAGCUUCGAGAUCCACGCCCACUGUCUGUGGCACAGCCGCUUCAGCCAUCGCACCCUGAGGCUAUCGCUGAGCGUGAGCGCACUGCUCAGCUUGAGCGGAUGAAUGCGGAGAAGCGGUAUAGAGAGCAGCAAAUGCAGCAGCAGCAACAACAACAACAGCUCCACCACCAACAUCAACAUCAGCAUCACCAGCAACAGCAGCAGCAGCAGCAGCAGCAGCUCAUUCGAGAAAGAGAAAUGGAAAUGGAAAGGGAAAGAGAGAGAGACCUCCGACAAGCAGAACAACAGUCGAUGAGAAUGAAACAAGAGCCCGAGGCACCACUUCAGCACCGUUACGACCCUUACACCCAUCGCCAGCAGCUCAGCCAUGGCGGAGGCCCUCGCGAGCCCUUCUCACUGACAAGGGCGCCAUCUCAAGAGCCCUCGCGUUCUGUUGCUCCUCAAUCGUACCCUGCUCCUGUAUCGCAGCAGCCAAUGAGGCCAUUGCUUUCGGAACCUGUAGCAGUACAAUCACCGCCAUUGGCGCCUCCGUCUUCUCGACCGACUCAAACCCCUCAGCCAAGGAUGCCCUCAGGACCUCCGCAUGAGCCUUAUGGGGUAGCUGCACCACCACCGAAUGCUUCUUCCAUAUCUCCACACACGCCGGUACGGCCACCUGAACCUAGGAAGUCCAACAUUAUGUCUCUCUUGAACGAUGACCCUCCGCCCCCUAAGCGGGUUGCUGAGGUCACCAAGAGUCAUACGCCUGUACCGUCGUCGACACCGCCAUCUCAGGGUAUCGGCAGGCCGCCUCCGCCAGCAUCCGGGCUUCCACAGGGCGCCCCAGUUCGUCGGGAAACAGAUGCGCACUAUUCUCCCUACUCGCGGACGCCAUCUGGCGGAGCAUCAGCCAUGCCACCUCUCAAGCCUCCUUUUCCCGCCUCGUCGGCUUCCUCACAACAUAUGAGUGGACAUCGAAGCAUGCCAUCUGAUUCGGCUGUGGACAUUGAUUACUACCGAUCUCAUGGGUAUCCGCAGAGCCAUCCAGCGAGUGGAACGAAUUCUCCUCAAACAUCGCAUCGAUAUCCUCCACCUGCACAGCCAGCUCAAUCUCAAUACCAGUCUCAGACAGGCUAUCCUACAGCAUAUGGGGGAGCUUCUCAGCCGACGCAUAUUACCUCACCGCCGGCUCAGCCAUACGCAGUUCACUCGUCGUCUAGGAGCCGCGAGAUUCUUCCGAGCAGCCGCGACAAUGCUUGGCCAUCGUCUGGCCACCAAGCGCAGCCUUCUGAUGUUCGGCAACAAAGCAACAGCUGGCCAACUCAACCUCCGAAAGCAUCACAGGCUCCUCCACCGCACUCGCAGCAGGCUUGGGGAUCUCAGCAUCCCUCAACAAAGCCAGGAACUCCGGGACCAACAUGGUCAGCGGCACCACCACCGCAACAGCAUCUGAGAGACGAACGCGGACCUCCUUCAAUAUACGGACAAGGUGCUUCUGGAUUGCCGCAGCAGCACGGAAUGCAGUCUAGGUACCCACCAGCUACUCGAGAACCGCUGCCCUCCGCUCCCCAGCCAUACUCGCGAUAUGCAUCAACGCCGGGCCCGCCGCCUCCGCGAGAUCCAAGAGAACCUCCGCCGGGCCGAAGCUACACCCCUAGUGUCUAUGAUACACGAGGGCCACCACCUGCGCAGUCACAAAUGCAUGGCUAUCCAGCGCCAGAUCCAAGAGACAUGCAGCUUCGGGACGCAAGAGACCCGAGAGAUCAUAGAGAUCCAAGGGACCAGAGGGAUCCAAGAGAUCCGAGAGACGUGCGUGAUAUGAUGAACAGAGGUUAUGACCGGCCGCCGCCAGACAGCAGAUAUGGGCGAUGAGCAUGUUCUUUUUUUUUUUUUUUUGAAGAGUCAAUGAGAGGU